ACUACUUCAAAAAAUCCCUACCUUCUUCAACAUUUCAAGUACUUAUAAUUCUACCUCUAUAUAUAAAUAGAGAUCCCAAUUCAUCUAAAUGUACUACUACUACAACUAAUAGUGUUAAUACAUAGACAAACACACCAAAAAAUACUACUUUACCAUACCAACAUAUUAUGGCCUCCAACACCAAUAAGGCUUGGUUGGUACUUAUGUUGUUGGUUGUGUCAAAUGUGUUUCUAUGGGAUGUUGAGGCAGCUGGGGAGUGUGGUCGGACCCCGAUAAGGUCAGCUGCGGCGAGUAUGAGCCCGUGUCUUGGGGCGGCGAAGAAUGUCAAGGCUAAAGUUCCGCCAGCUUGCUGUGCCAAAGUUGGAGCGUUGAUAAAGAGUGCUCCUAAGUGUCUUUGUGCUGUUUUGCUCUCUCCUUUGGCUAAGCAAGCUGGGAUUAACCCGGGAAUUGCUAUUACCAUCCCCAAGCGAUGCAACAUUAAGAACCGAUCAGCAGGAAAGAAGUGUGGAAAGUUCACUGUUCCAUGAGAAGUAAACGAUGACUGGUGUCAAUGCAUAUAUAUAAGUAUAAGGGAAUGUCAAAUAAGAUCGAGAUCUUCAUAAAUAAAUUUUCAUAUAUAAAAUAUGUUAUGUUAUAUGAUAUAUUUAAUGUACCAACUUCUUUCUAUAUAUACUCAUUUUUAUUACUAUUAAUGAGUGAGUUUGUAUUGACCAUUAUUAUUAUUAUGGUGUUUAUUUUAAUUUAAGCGAAUAAUUACCUCAA